AGUUCACCUUCAUCGUAACCACCAAUAAAUCCAUUCUCCCAAUCAUCUCCAUGAAUUUCCUUGUUUCAGCCGGCGACAAUCUUUUUAAAAGCAUGCUCCUGAAUCCGGAGAGUCCUUGAUAGGUAGUUUUAUUUUCUUUCGCCGUUCUCUUGCGACGUUGGUUCCGUAAAACGUCCAUCCUAUUCUAUCAAGGAACACCCGGUUACAGUUUUUCAAGGAUUGCGUCCAUUCAUUGACAUUCCGAUACAUACCAAACAUCUAUCUGAUUGUGAGGUCGUCGUCUCGAUAUCAUCUCGACAUUACAACGACCUAGGAUUAAGUCCAGAAGGAUUCUGGGACUGCUCUGUUACCUAUUACCUAUCUCUACCUUUGCUUUCGCACCCCGAAUUUCCAACCAUACUCUAGACAACUACCCUCCGACUCCUCACAUCAUGGCGUCUUCAUCUUCCGCCGUUAAUAAUCCGAACCCUCAGAAUAUCACUGCCCUUCUGGUCAAGAUGUCAGAUGCGGAUCCUGACUUUCGAUUCAUGUCCUUAAACGAUCUGCAUCAGAUCCUCACGAAGCAGAAAGCAGAGUUCCUGAAUCAUGACUAUGGCACAUCAGCGCGCAUCAUGGACGCCGUAGUCACACACCUAGAUGACCAAAAUGGAGAGGUCCAGAACUUAGCAGUCAAGUGCAUUGGCCCGUUAGUCACCAAGAUCCCUAUUUCGGCCCUUGCUACCAUGUUGGAUAAGCUCUGCACGAUGGAAAUUAAGAACGCAGUCGACAAUUCUAUCCAGUCCAUGGCCCUCCGUAACGCUAUCACUUCACUCCCCAGACCUGUGCGAGGCGUCACCCCUUCUCCAGAUGUGAUCCAAACCUAUGCGGUAAUUAGCCGUACUCUCAUUCCACGCAUACUGGGUGUUUCAACUCUCGAGCAUCCAAUUGGUGGGUCACGCGGAAUACUGGACAGGACUAAGGAUCCUGACACUGAGGCCGUUGAUGUACUUAUCGAGGUUGUCCGAUGCUUUGGUCCCCUACUGCAACCUCUGGAGGUUGAGAAGCUACAGGAUGUCGUGGUUCAGGUGCUGGAGAAAGCGUCCACACCAUCACCCACCAAGAAACGGGCGGUUGUUGCGCUCGCUAUCUUGGCCCCUUACCUCACGACUGAAAUUCUCGAUAGUUUCGUCGCAAAACUACGCAAGACUCUUCAACAGCCCAAGAUUAGUCCGGUCAUACGUCGUCUGUACAUUUCUAUCAUGGGUUCCCUCGCUCGAUCGAUUCCCUAUAAGUUCGGUGGUUACUUGCCACAGCUUAUUGAAUUCGUUCUAUCCCCCUUGAGCCAGGAGGAAUUCCAGAGCCGACUCGAUGCUCUCCAUGAGGGCAACGACCAACUGCAUCCCGAGUUUAACGAAAUCAGCGAAACUGCGCUAGUCGCACUCGAAUCGUUUCUCACCUCUUGUGGUCUGCAGAUGAGAGAUUACACUGACAAUGUCAUUGCUGCAUGUCUUCGUUAUCUGAAAUAUGACCCGAACUAUGCGGUUGAUGAAGAUGAAGAGAUGGAUGAGACCGAAGACUCCGAUGAUGAGGAUGAGAGUGAUGAGGAUGAUGAAUUUGAAGACGACGUUGGGUUCGACGAUGACGACGAUCCAAGUUGGAAGGUUCGCAGAUGCGCUGCAAAAGCAUUGUAUACCCUGGUUUCGAUGCGCAGCGCCGACUUACUGGAAAAGGGGACCCUAUAUCGCCACAUUGCUUCCCCAUUGGUUAAGCGCUUUGAUGAACGGGAAGAGAGUGUUCGGCUUGAAAUUAUUAGCACCAUGUCAUUACUGAUUCGCAAAACGGGCGAGGGCGUAAUACAAUCCAUCUCGGCCGACGAGGAGCUUGUCCCUUCUCUCGGGGAGAACCGAAAACGCCGAAGACAAAGCAGCGGUGGUUUCGCUUAUACCAACAAGGCGCCGUACCUUGGAGCAACCGGCCUCACUUCGCCUGCUCGCGAAUCAGUACCGCCCACCGGACCGCGCGCCGAUCUUCAAAAGCUCACUCCGCAAAUCGUUAAAACGGCCACGAAGUUGCUAAAAGGCAAACAGAUUGCCACGAAGCAGGCAAUCAUCAAUUUGCUGGACGAUUUGAUCGCGGUGCAGAAUGGAGGUUUAGCCGACUAUUUCGACCAAGUUAUGCAGCCAAUUAUCGACGUAACUAAGGGUAUGACGGGAGAUGCGGGUUCGACGUCGAUGACUUUAUCGGGUUCCGCAUCGGCUACUGCUACUACUCUGAGAGUGGCGGUCCUCCACUUCACAAGCGACAUUGUGAAGACGCACUCCUCGAGCCUCUUCAAACAAUAUCUGGAGAGUAUCGUCGCGGGAGUUGUGUCUGCUGUUCGUGAUCGAUUCUACAAGAUCUCGAGUGAGGCUAUCCGCACAGCCGAAGAAGUAGUCAAGGCCAUCACUCCUCCCAGGGCUAGACUUACGAUCCAGAAUUACAAACCACAGUUGCAGAAACUGUACGACAUCAUACUGGAUCGUGCUUCAGCAGCCGACGCCGACGCCGAGGUGCGCCAGAAGGCUAUUCAAGCACUUGGAACCUUGAUUUCCAGGACGUCGUCCUCGGACGGAAUCGCCCUGAUUCCUGCCGACAAGCGCCAGGGCGCAUUGGAUCUACUUUUAGACCGUCUGCGAAAUGAAACGACACGCCUGCACGCUGUACGAGCAAUCGACAACGUUGCAGCACACUCGUCGAUUUCAGGGAGUCUCGAGCCGGCAUGGAUCGAGAAGGUCGCAUUGGAACUCUGCGGUCAACUGCGAAAAUCGAACCGUGCUCUCCGAAGUUCUUGUAUUCAAGCUCUGCAGCAUCUGAUUCUUAGCCCGGUAGUUAAGGGUCAGAUCCAAGCAGUCACGGCUAGCGAGAUCGUAACGGCUAUUCUACCCGUCAUUUCUGCGAACGACGCUUAUCUUCUCAGCCCGGCCCUGUUAGUUGUUGCCCAAUUGCAAUUAGAGCACCCUCAACUAGUAUCUUCGGCAAUUUUCAUCCAGACCAUCUGUGAACUUCUUAAGAAGAAUGUUGGGGGUCUAGCCCUAGAGUCUAUAGUCACCCUAGUGUCUAACGUCGGCUCAAGCGGCAUGGGAAAGCCCUUGAUGGAAGGCGUUCUGCGAGUUGGCGUUGCAGGCGAUCCGACUGUUGUUGGAAAAGUCGUCGGCGCCCUAUUUGUUGCAAGCGGUGGUCAGGUCGGUGUGAAGGUUGAGAAUUUCAUUGAAGAACUUAACCAGUCUAGCAGAUUGACACCACCCGACACUGCUCGACAAAGUCUCGCAUUAGCUGUUCUAGGAGAGAUUGGUUUGCGACUUGGGCCAAAUUCUCGCCUUCAACCAAGUAUUUUCUUGGAGCAAUUCCACGACGAGCCGGACAAGGUAUCAAUUUCCGCCGCCGUGGCUUUGGGUCGCGCAGGCGCAGGAAACAUGCCCGAAUUUCUGCCGACUAUCCUGAAUACAAUCAAGAAGCCGGGCAGCCAACAAUAUCUACUUCUCCAAUCCAUCCGAGAAGUGCUGCACCAGGUUGUUGCGUCAUCGGCUGAUAUCAGCUCUUAUGAGAGCGAGAUUUGGGGAUUGCUGUUUACGGCGUCCCAAACUGAAGACAACCGGGCGAUCUGUGCGGAGUGCAUAGGACGAUUAGCUAUAAUGGAGCCCAAGACUUACAUUCCGAAACUCCAGCAACUACUGGGAGACAAAUCACCGGUCUUUAGAGGCGUGGCUGUGCAAGCACUUCGAUACACGUUGCCGGACAGUGACGAGUCAUUCGAUCUUAUGCUGAAGCCGGUGCUAGUUGACAUGCUCCUCAGAGUGUUGAAGGACGAGGACAUGGACAUCCGCCGUAUCGGCAUGACAGCACUGAACUCGGCGACCCACAACAAGCCCGACCUAAUCCUACCCCAUCUCGGCGAAUUAAUACCCUACGUGAUAACCGAGUCUAUUAUCAAGCCGGAGCUUAUCCACGAGGUUCAGAUGGGGCCAUUCAAACAUCUCGUGGACGACGGAUUGGAGGUUCGCAAGAGCGCGUACGAGACUUUGUAUGCUCUUAUGGAGACAGCGUUCUCUCGCAUCAGCUCACUUGAGUUUUAUGAUCGAAUCAUCGCCGGUCUCAACGACGAAAAUGACAUUCGGUCUCUUUGCAAUCUCAUGCUUAGCAAGCUGAUUGUCAUUGAUCCAGAAGAGACCACUCGCCGGCUAGACACGGUGGCGGAGUGUUACCGGAAGACUUUAUCCACCAAGCUUAGAGACGGUGCGGUGAAGCAGGAGGUUGAGAAGCAAGAAGAGGCUAUCAAGAGCGUGUUGCGCGUCACUCUUCUGCUUGUGGAGAAGACCAAGACCACACUACCGGGAGUUGCCGGACCUGGUAGCGCGGGUCACGCUCAGGCGCAACAAUCAGUGCAGAAUCCCGUUUGGCAGCAGUACUGGGAAUGGGUCAACAAGGACUUUGAGCGUCAGCUGAAGACACUACGGGAAGAGAAUAAGGAGAUGGGUAUGGGUAUGUGAAGUGUGAGAGUAUGAAGUGAGAUUCGACAUUGCAUUGCGAGGGGUACCUGCGACACCACGCGCCACGACAAGUCACCAACUGGUAUCGUACGGAAGGGGUCCGUUAUUUGCUUCAAGGCAUGCCCUCUUGACUCUCGGCUGUUGGCUAGAUAGUAGCACGUGGCCUUUAAGUCAUGUUGCGAACGUCGAAUGCCUAAAAGAAGAAAUCAUAGUGUCGGUACAUACACCAUGUACUUGUUCAUAGCUAUUACAUUGCAAGAAAAAAAAUUUCGUAAUUUGUUGAUGUGCUGUGAAGGAUUGCGGAGCUUAGAAGUUUACCUAAGUCGGAAGCCAAAAGAGCUAUGACCAAAUUGCCCCGGCAAGCUAGGAUAGAUCGGUUUUAAUGACGUUGAUAAAAGGUAAGACUUGAUGAAAGUGGCUCUGUCCUUAACUGGG